UUACAUUUACGAGUACUCGGAUCCGAGUUAUAUUUGUGAGUUGAGUUCAAUCGUUUACAUUACGUCCGAGUAAAUUCAAAUCUUUUUGUGUUUAAAAAUGGCUCCUUCAAGAAAAAAACGUGCCGCUGUAACUUUAGUAUUGUUUAUGGUGUUUAAAAAGAGGAAAGAAUAUGACAAACUUAAACGAAAUAGAACUAUUUGGGUUAAACAACAUUUACAAGAGCGCCACAGACUUGGAAUUGAAGAAAAGCUGCUAAAAGAUUUGUUAACCCAAGACGGGAUAGAUUUUAAGAAUUUCAUGCGGAUGGACUACGAAACAUUUUGUAUGUUACAUAUAAAGGUAAGAGAAUGAUUGGGUAUACAUGACCUAGCAAUUAUUAUUUAUUUAAUUUUAGGUUUCCCCUUAUAUAAAAAAACAGAAUACACAUUUACGAAGUGCUAUAAGUUCUGAAUUAAGCCUUGCAAUUAAGAUUUCUUGCAACUGGAGAUAGCUAUAGGUCAUUAGAAUAUCUGACCAGACUAUCAGCUUCCACAAUAAGUUCCUCAAUUUGUUCCUCAAGUAUGUAAAUAUGUAUAUGAAGUGUUGCAGCCCCAGUAUAUGAAGUUUCCUUGCACAAAAGGCGAGUGGGAAAAAAUUGCCAAGGAAUUUGAAAAUAAGUGGAAUUUUCCAUAUACCAUUGGUGCUAUAGACGGCAAACAUAUUGUAAUAGAAGCACCGCCCAAUGCAGGAUCCUACUAUUUCAAUUACAAGGGCACACAUAGUAUAGUGUUAUUCGCUUUAACAGACGCAAACUAUAAUUUUUUGUAUAUUGAUGUUGGUUGCAAUGGACGUAUAUCAGAUGGAGGUAUCUUCAAAAAUUGUACAUUAAAUCGAGCAUUGCAAGAAGCCACUUUAAAUCUACCACCUGAUAAAUGCUUACCAAAUCGCAUUAAGCCAGUACCGUAUGUUAUGCUAGGGGAUGAGGCAUUUGCUCUUUCAAAGAAUCUUCUAAAACCAUUUCCAAGGAGCAGGCCUCUUAAUGCAAAACAGAAAGUUUUUAAUUACCGACUCUGUCGUGCACGUAGAGUAGUAGAAAAUGCCUUUGGUAUUUUGACAUCACGUUUUCGAAUAUUUAGAAAACCAAUUUGUCUAAAAGUAGAAACUAUUGAUAAAAUCGUUUUAACCGCAUGUGUCUUACAUAACUUCUUAAAAAAACAAUGCCAAGAGGUUACCCUAAAUUACGAGCUUGAAGAUAUUCCAACAAGUAUGAGAGGAAUAGCUCAUCAAGGAAGUAACAAUGCGAGUGAAGUCGCGCAUUCAAUACGUAACGAAUUUGCAGAAUAUUUUUAUAAUGAAGGCCAAAUUGAUUUUCAGUGGAAACAUAUUUAGAAAUUAUUUGAUUUUGAUUUUUCAACAUAUGAAAAUAAUUUAUUGUUACUUAUUAAUAAAUGACUAAACACUAAAUAAUGACUUUCAUUUAUGAACUCACGCAUUUUACAACUGAUGGCGUGGAAUUUGUCUUUCUCUGCGUAGUGACAUCAUCCAAAAAAGUCAUACUACCAAACCAAGAUAAAUUUGGUGUGUAAAUAUCCUCCGUACCAGACCCUGUAAAUAAAAAUGCAAACAAGUUCUAUCUUUGCUUUUAUUAUUAUUGUAUUAAAGAAAAGAAAAUAUUGCUUAACUGGUUUUUUUACCUGUAGAUUUUGAUAUAUCGACUUUUUUCUUUUCCUGAAGGUACGUGGAACGAAUGUUAUUUAUUUUUUUCUUCACUUGUUCUAUGGUAAUGUUCAUAAUAUUCGCCAUUGCUUCAUAAGCGUUAU